CGAUGGAGGUAUACUGGAACGUGGCGAGCGACUGGGAGGCACACUACAGUGGAGGCACAACACAUCAGUACACAUGCGGCCGCUCGGGCAGAUAGUGUGCUAGCAACACGACCCUGUGCUCACUCUUUUUUGCAAACGCAGCACCAAGAAAUAUCGACGCAUGGAGGAGAACCACGGUGCACAGGGCGUCCGCUCGAGCGACACCCUCUACGGACGGUCUUCCCGACGCGACCUCCUCUACCGCGUGCCCUGGGGAAAGCUCGCGGUUGCCGCGGGUGUACUCACGCUCGUGGGCCUGCUGUUCACGGCGCUGGCGGGCUCCCCCCUGAGACCGCGCGCGCCUUUUCACUUUGGCCUGGUGGUUGACGCCGGGUCCAGUCACUCGGAGCUCACCCUUUACAGGUGGGCCCAACCAAAAUUCCGCGGCACGGGCCGCGUCGAAGAGGAGUCGCACGUUUCUAUGGAGGACGGAAUCUCUUCCCUGGGACCCCGAGCUGCGGGAAGCGCGCUGGCCGCCUCCAUGGGACCCAUCCUGUCUAAGGCUCCCGCCAACACGCCGGUCUACCUGGGGGCCACUGCCGGCAUGCGUCUUCUCAAUAUUUCCAACCCCGACCGUUCCGAUGCCCUCUUCCUGAGCAUCGAGUGCUCGUUGCGCAACUUCAGUCUUCGCCAGGCCUCCAUACUCACCGGCCAGCAGGAAGGGCUCUUUGCCUGGCUGUCUGUCAACUAUCUGCUCGAUGCCUUCCUGGACGAAACUCCAGAGACAUUGGGAGCCCUGGACAUGGGCGGUGCCUCGACGCAGAUUGCUUUUCAGGCAGACACGCCCAAUUCCAUCCACCUGAAACUCUACGGCCGAGACUACGGUGUGGCGUCUCGUUCUUACCUCUGCUUCGGUGUCAACGAAGCCAUGCGCAGGUUUCUGGCCCGGCUCGUGGAGCAGGGGAACUUUGCGACCACGGUGGAGAGCCCGUGCCACAAUGAAGGCCUCAGCUUUAAUAGGUCGGCGGAUGACCUGUUUGGUAGCCCUUGCACACAAACACGGGCCACCAUCCGUUGGCUUCAGAAUAAUGAUGGAAACACGACAUUCACCUUUGUCGGGAAGAGCAGCGGGCAAAAGUGCUACGAGGCUGUUACGGACAUGAUGGGUCCUCACGGAUGUCACCUGGUCUACAAGGAAUGCGUCGAUCCCAUGGUUCCUGCCGUGCCCACAAAUCAAAAGUUUGUGGCUUUCUCGGCGUACUACUACCUCAUGAAGGCCCUCAACUCAACAAACACGUCCAUGGGAGGAUUCCUAAAUGCAUCAUAUACACUGUGCUCCAGCACCUGGAACGUAGCGCUCACAAUGGGCAUCCCCAAAAAGUACCUCCCAGCAUACUGCUUUCAGAGCAUGUACAUGCACGACCUCCUGGCCGAGAAGUACGGCUUCACAGCCGACACGUGGCACAACUUGGCCUUCCUGAAGCACGCUCGGGGCUUCAACGUUGGCUGGUCGCUCGGCUUCAUGAUCAACGCCACCAACGCCAUUCCAGAGUCUGCACCGCCGAAGCCGAUGAUAACGGGCGCCGCGCUCGGCGUCAUGAUCUUCCUCUGCAUCGUGCUCUUCCUGGUUUCUGCCGUGGCCGGCUUUAUGGCGCGACUCCACAGGCGUGCGCACCAGUACCCGACUCCGUAAGAACGUCGAACGAGCCGGCCCGGACGCACGGCCGCGCUCUAGGCCGCCAGGUAGACGAAGGCGGAGACGAUCAAUGGCCACGACAGCGUGAGGUGAUGACCGCCAUCUUUGAACUCUUCAUCGACUGUACAGAGAAAGAAAGUGCCUUUGAAUCAGUCACCGUGUGCCAAAGUUAGAUGAGAGAUUGUUUAUUUUUGGCUGUUAUUUUUCCUUUUUCUUUUUUUCUUUUUCAGUUCAGAGUUUAUGCCCAUCUAUUUGGGACGUUGUUGAUUUUCGAGCAAUGGUUUAGGGAUGAAAUAGCAAUGCAGCGCGUGUAUAAGCAUUUUAUGCACGGAGCUGAUGUGAUGAGCACCGUGUGAUGGGGGAUCGCGCCUCCGUGUCUGUGCCUUGUAUCUGGGGGGGGUUUGCUCAUUUAAUCUCCCGCAUAACGUGUGCCUCUGCGUAAUACUCUUUACUGCCAGUGAUAUUUGUCAACUCAUACAUCUACGCGUACCUGGAGAUACAGACACCUCACUCUCUACUUUCGUGUGCAAUGUACACAUUUUUCGGUAAACCUAACCAAAUGCUCAGGCAAGCGUGUUUGCUGUACGUUUAUCUUGCUAGGUUACGCGUGGGCAUUCUGCGGACCACGACGAUUUUGUAACGGCACAGUGCUGGACGACGGUUUACGGAACACGCUCCGGCGCAUUCCUUCCUUAGAGUGGUGCAAAACAUGUGCCCAGGUAACCCAGUCGCCUGUUUGCAAGUCCGCACGGUACCAUUCGCUGCCAGCAUGUUACUCUUAGGAAGGAAUGUGCCGGAGCGUGUUCUAUAAACUGUUGUACACCACUAUAAAAUGUGUGUAUGGGGGUGGCUUGAAAUGUUCCUAGAAGUCUGUAAUACUAUACGUACUGAUGCUGUACUGAUACUGCCAAUCUGCCUCCUGAUGGCGUGUAGCGAUAUAUGACAUUUUCAUACUCUCGGGGCGGGGAAUGGAUACGUAAAAGAAAAAGUAUUAUAUGUGUGUUCCUGUACUCAGAGCCUGUACUUACAUUAUGUUAUGUACAAAGUCCUUGUAGCCAUAGUUACGCUAUCAUAAUAUAUAGCCCUUAAUGGGGCUUACAGUAUUUCAUAAUAAGCAAAUAAAAGGUUUUAAAGAUGUU